UGGGAGAAGAGAGGCAGAAGUAGUGACAGAGACAGAAUCUGGGGAGGAGGAAAGGAGGGUGUGGUGAUGCUUGAGGUGUCUGAGGUACUGCUGCUCCAGACCAUAGCCUGGGACUGACUCUAGAGCUUCUCCAGGCUUCACUUCUCACUGGUACCUGCUUCUGGAAAUAUUGUCACUACCUUUUUGAAUUUGGAGCUGUUUGCACUCACAGCUGUUUGGAACAUUGGAACAGAAUAAUGGAUCUCACCACUUUUUACUUCCUGACCACUACUUUGGUUUUGAUAGUGGAGCAUGAAGCAUACUCAGACUCCACCUCCAUCCCUGGGCCUGGUCCAGAGGAGGGCCCCGUGAAGCUGCUUGACCACAGGCCCCAUGGGCGGGAGAAGCGUUGUUCCUGUGAGAACCUGAAAGAUAAAGAAUGUGUGUACUUCUGCCACAUCGGCAUCGUCUGGGUCAACACUCCUGGUCAGAUAGUGCCAUAUGGAGUGGGCUCUUUCCCUGUUCGACUGAGGAGAGAGGUGGGACGAUGCUUCUGUGCGGAGAAAAAUGACUUUGAGUGCCUUCACUUCUGCUCUGCCUUGCAUACACUCAAAGAAGGUGAAAAUGUUUUGGUCAAGAGGAAGUUUGCGACAAAGUUUAAGAAGAGAUAUAAGGCUGGAAUCUCGAAUAUAAGGAACCAACAAACACUAAUUCAAGAAAGCUGAAAGGAGAGAAUGGACACUAGUUUCAUGUGUCAUCCACUUUCAUUGGUCUCUUUUACAAUAUGAUGCAAAAGAACAUUGUACAAUGGUGGCCUGCGUCUGAAAUGUAUUUAUGAAAUUAUGUCGUAACUUUGCCUUCUUUUUGUCAUUGUAAAUUCUUUUUUUAUGAUUUUAUUGCUGUACAUAAAUAUUUUUACUUUACAACAUACAGUACAUACAUCAUUUUGAAAUCAGAUAUUGUUACAGUAAUGCAGAAAUUAUCAAUAUUAAGAGAAUAAAUGUAAAUGUCUUGUAUCUCUGUCAAAUGUAUCUUUCAUGUUAACAUGUUUUGGCCGCUUAAAUCCUUUGGACAUGUUUUCUGUCAUAAAGUUUGAAUGUGAAAGAUGCACAUACCGUAGAUGCAAAGCAAUGCAGUUCAUGGUUCUUCACAGUGAGUUAUGUGCCAAACCAGACAGGAAAUAAGCUGUGUGAUCUAGGACAGGUGGGUGAGUUAUUGUAUCAUAUAUCCAAAAGUAUAAAAGUAAAAUGUACAUAUUACAGCAUUGCAGUUUUUUGCUUUGCUACCAAGACAUUGAUUUCAG